UUCGAUAUGACCAAGUUUAGUAAGACGCGACCAGUACCUAUCCGUUAACCCUUAAAUGCCACUAUAAAAAAUUGAUAUUUUUUCAAGAAUUUCCUGCGCUAUACUGACGAGUCACAUGAUAUUAUAGCUCCCUGAUACAUGUGCGUAAAUGUUCACCCUUUCAUUUGACGUGUUUGACUCAUUGCCUACUUUCGUAUUUUAAGGGGCAGAAUUUUUUGAAAAAAUUCCAUUUUUUUCAUAUUUUUUGACAAUUUUUUGUAGCCGAUCGAAAGCGGCUGGAAUGAAACUACCACCUGGUAAAUAUUUAUGCAUCCAUGCUCCACCAAUUUAUAUACAACAACUUGCCUAUCUUUCUCAUUUAAGGGGCAAAAAAAAUGCAAACAUUCAAAAAUAAUUUUUAUUUCACUCGUCUUAAAAAAAUUCUGCCCCUUAAAAUAAAAAAGUAUGCAAUAUGCUCAACAGCGGAAUUGAAGCGCAAGACAUACACACACAUGUACCAAUAGUCGUUACCACCUGAGCACUCUUUCCUUCUAGCGUAACGCACGAAAAACUCGUGUGGUGAAAUUCACCACAUAGUGGCAUUUAAGGGUUAACUAAAAAUCAGUUAUAAACAAUUGCGCGUAAUUCACACUCGUCCCUCGUCCCGUGCCGGUAAUACAAUUAUAAUGUAUAUAUUAAGCACGUUAUUUUUAGUCAUCGUUACCGGAUUAUUAUACAUUUAUUGGUUUUUCAAAGAAUCGCAUAAGUUUUUCGAUCAAUAUGGCAUCCCAUAUCCUAAACCUCAUUGGUUAUUUGGUAACAUGAAAGAUGUGGUUUUGUGGAAAAAAGCAAUAUGGUUCGUUUACAAGGAUUUGUACGACAAACACGUGUCCGAUAGAUUCGUCGGAGUAUACACUUUGCAUAGACCUGGCAUCAUGGUACGAGAUCCUGAAUUGAUCAAGUCGAUUUUGGUCAAAGAUUUUUCCCAUUUUCGUGAUCGGGGAUUCCCUCUGGAUAAAGAAGCUGAACCGCUGGCUGUAAACUUAUUCAGUAUGACAGGAGACGAAUGGAAAAACAUGCGAAUAAAACUGACCAGUACAUUUAGCAGUGGAAAAAUGAAAAUGAUGUUUCCAUUGUUGAAAAGAUGCGCUGAAGACAUCCAACCAGCUUUAAAAAAGUACAUGGAAGAGGGUCAGGAUUUCGAGGCGAAAGAUCUCGCAGCGAGAUACGCAACAGAUGUGAUAGGCAGUUGUGCUUUUGGAAUAGACAUUCACUCGUUACAAAAUCCCGAAUCAGAGUUUCUAAAAGUAGGAAGAACAGUUUUCGCAUCAAGGUGGCAACAAAUUGUCCGCGGAUUGAAUCCAAAACUGCCAACCUCUGUGAUAAAAUACUUCAAAUUACAAUUUUUCCCGGUGCAAGCGUGCGAUUACUUUUUAAAACUCGUCACGGACAUGGUUAAAUAUCGAGAAGAGAACAACGUUACUCGAGGCGAUUUCCUCGACAUUCUUAUAGCCAUGAAAAAUCACAAAGAUCUGGAAAAACUCAAAGACCAGCAGGAUGAAGGCGAUUUGGCCAAAUUUAUGGCUCAAAUUGGCCAGAAAACUAUAAAAAGCGACGUUGAAAUGACCAUUGAAGUAAUGGCUGCCCAAAGUUUUUUAUUUUUCAUCGGCGGUUUCGAAGGGGCGUCUACUACUUUAAUGUUACUGCUGUUUGAAAUGGCUCAAAACCCCGAUGUUCAAAACAAGCUGCGCCAAGAAAUAAUUUCUACACUCGAGAGCAACGGAGGCGAAUUCACCUACGAUAUGAUGAAGAAAAUGCCCUAUCUGGAGAUGGUUUUGUCAGAGGUGUGGAGAAGAUGUCCUACUGUUCCGUUUCUUAUGCGCGAAUGCACUGAGAACUACAGAAUACCCAGCACAGAUGCGGUCAUUAAAAAAGGAAUUCCUGUAAUAAUACCAACUUUGGGACUGCAAAUGGAUAAAAAAUAUUUUGAAAAGCCAGACGAAUUCUACCCAGAGCAUUUCACCGAGGAAGCAAAACGUGAACGUCAUCCGUUCGUAUAUUUGCCUUUUGGAGAAGGUCCUCGUGUUUGCAUAGCCGAACGUUUUGCGAGAAUGCAAGUUAUUGUAGGAGCAGUCUAUUUACUGAAAGAUUUCUUCUUCGAAUUAUCACCCAAGACAAAGGUACCAUUGGAAUUCGCACCUGGAGGAGCAGUAAUUGUGAAAGGAGGAGUUUGGUUGAAAUGUCGAACUUUAUAAUCAACAAAUUUUUGCCAAAGUUUUUACAUUUUUACAGCAUUUUGAUUGCGUAUUUUCUCAAAUUAUUACAAUAAAUAUGAAAAAUCUAAUAAAAAGUUGUACCAA